AUUAUCUUACCCACUAUCACUAAAAAAUUCUCUUUUUUAAGAUCCUAGGAUCUCUUCUUUUUUUGUCUAAGGUCUACCUGCUCACUUGCUGGCUGCCUCAAGAUUUAUCUAGUGUCUCGGCUUUAAGGUGUGUCCAUUGUGUAGGCACUGUUGUUCCGAGCACAGACUCCACGUUAUAUCCCGCGACUGGGUCGCGUCACUACUACUCCCACUACUACUACUAACAAUAAGUAGCCACGUCUUUGUGUAAUACAUCAACGAGAAAAGGGACAAGAUGUUGCGGCAUUGGGGACGAGCACUUCGGAAAAGGGACCACAAGAACAUUAUGUUCUUGCGAUUUAUUCGUACUGGACGAGCAGUUCACUUCGUAGGGGUUCCUCUUUGUUCCAUAUGUAGUCCUCUUUACGGAAGAUCUAUAAUAGUGCCUCUACUAAUAUUUCAACACUUUCUUGUUCAGCUUGUCAGUGCAGGAGACGUUUUCACGAAUGUCUCCCGCUGUGCCUGGCAGGCGGGCUCCAUCCAGGAGGCGUGUCACACCUCCGCUAGAAGUCUGGACGAUGUGUUGAAAGAACACUUCUUUCCCGUUCCGGAUAUUUCUUGUGGCGCAAAGGGGAAAACCUCGUUGGAGCUAAAACUGAGGACCUUGGAAGACACGGUUUCGAAAAGUGCCAAUUGGUGGUACGCAUUUGCAGAAAGCGAAGAGGAGGAACAACUGCUGGUUGGAGAAGUUUUCGACGACUAUUUUCACCUUGAAGAUGCUCCCGCUGCAAGUGCAACGACACCGGCACCAGGAUCGCUUUUUUCGCAUGUGCCGUUUCCUCGUUCUAGCUUUCCUUUGUUCCGGAAAUUACUGGAAAAGAGCGGAAUGUGGUCCGCCUACCUGC